CGUCAGACUCCGAGGCCGGCACCCGCGCUCCCUGGCUGCUCGCGGCUCUCCCGCGCCCGGGUGGUCCGACAGCUGGGCUCGCCGAGGCUGCCUCUCGGCCCCCGCCCGCCAUGAGGAGUGCGCAGCCCCUGGUCCUUUUUUCCCUGGUUGCCCUUUGCCGGCGCGGGGACUGCCGCGUGGCCAAUGCAGAGGAGAAGCUCGUGGACGACCUUCUGAACAAGACCCGCUACAAUAACCUGAUCCGCCCGGCCACCAGCUCUGCCCAGCUCAUCUCCAUCCAGCUCCAGCUCUCCCUGGCCCAGCUCAUCAGCGUGAAUGAGCGGGAACAGAUCAUGACCACCAACGUCUGGCUGAAACAGGAGUGGACCGACUACCGCCUGGCCUGGAACAGCUCCCGCUACGAAGGCGUGAACAUCCUGAGGAUCCCUGCAAAGCGCAUCUGGCUGCCUGACAUUGUGCUUUACAACAACGCCGACGGGACCUACGAGGUGUCCCUCUACACCAACGUGGUGGUCCGCUCCAACGGCAGCAUCUUCUGGCUGCCUCCCGCCAUCUACAAGAGCGCCUGCAAGAUCGAGGUGAAGCACUUCCCCUUCGACCAGCAGAACUGCACCCUCAAGUUCCGUUCCUGGACCUACGACCACACGGAGAUCGACAUGGUUCUCAAGUCGCCCACGGCCAGCAUGGACGACUUCACCCCCAGCGGCGAGUGGGACAUCGUGGCGCUGCCGGGGCGAAGGACGGUGAACCCGCGGGACCCCAGCUACGUGGACGUCACCUACGACUUCAUCAUCAAGCGCAAGCCCCUCUUCUACACCAUCAACCUCAUCGUCCCCUGCGUGCUCAUCACCUCGCUGGCCAUCCUCGUCUUCUACCUGCCGUCCGACUGCGGCGAGAAGAUGACGCUGUGCAUCUCCGUGCUGCUGGCGCUCACCGUCUUCCUGCUGCUCAUCUCCAAGAUCGUGCCGCCCACCUCGCUGGACGUGCCGCUCAUCGGCAAGUACCUCAUGUUCACCAUGGUGCUGGUCACCUUCUCCAUCGUCACCAGCGUGUGCGUGCUCAACGUGCACCACCGCUCGCCCGGCACCCACACCAUGGCGCCCUGGGUCCGCCGCUGCUUCCUACGCCAGCUGCCCACCUUCCUGUUCAUGAAGCGCCCGGACAGCAGCCCUGCGAGGGCCCCCCGGCCCGGCCAGCUUCGCCUGACCAGGCUCGAGGCCGCCAGCACCUCCAGCCUCUGCGGGAGCUCCACGUGCUCUGCGGCUCCCCAGUCCCCGGGCGGCUCGGGCUCCCGCACCGCAGGCCUCCAGGAUUUCCGGCCAAGGUCUUCCGGGAGGUUCCAGCAGGAUGUGCAGGAGGCCUUGGAGGGCGUCAGCUUUAUUGCCCAGCAUAUGAAGAGUGAUGACCGAGACCAGAGUGUCGUUGAGGACUGGAAGUACGUGGCCAUGGUGGUGGAUCGGCUGUUCCUGUGGGUCUUUGUGGUUGUGUGUGUGCUCGGCACAGUGGGGCUCUUCCUACCUCCCCUCUUCCAGACCCACACACCUUCUGAGGGGCCCUAAGCUGCCCUGCGUGCCCCGGGGCCCCGGGGUCGUGGGGUGAGAGGACAUGAGCGGCCACGUGGGCAGUUUCCUGCUUCCUCCUGAGUGACGGCUGAGGAGGCGCCAAGUACCUGAGUCCAUCAGCCAUCAGCCCCUUCAAACAGCCACGGUCGGGGGAGGACAGAUGGGAGCCCUGGACUGUCCUCUCCGAAGGCCUUGGAGGAGCCCCAGCAAAGUGCGGCAGAAGGAGCUCGGCCAGGCUCCGUCCCCGCGCGCGGGGCAU